UGGUUGCCUGGCCUGCUGCCACAUUUGAUUGAGCUCAGCUUCGGAAUCUUGCAGUGCCUUAAAUUGAAUUUUAUAAAAUUAAGGUUUUAUUUUACACGAAUAAAUUACCUAAUUGAAACAUAGUCACCAUGUCUUCUACUAGUUCAACGGUGAUCAAAUAUGUUGGUAGAACCACGGAUUUUAAAGGCAAGACUUUGUGGGAAAUAGUUGGAAGCUUAAAGAAUUUAGGCAUUGGCAGAAUAAUCGUUCGUUCUGUAUUUGAGCGUUAUCCUGAACCUAGUUUUAUGAAAAUAGUGAAAGUGGAGACAUGCCCGGACGAGGAACGACGAAGAGUCCGAGUAUGGGUUGAAAAGACAUUCAGAGGACACAAAUUACCAAAUUUGACAGAAAUUUAUCGAACUUCUUAUAAAACUGAUUACAAACUGAUUCCGAAGAAUGAAGAAGCAAAAUUAUUUGCUAAAAUAAAAAAUGAGCACUAUUUUCCUGAUGUGGUCCUUCCGAGAGAAAUUGAAAUGCCUCCCUUAAUGAAGACAUUUAUAGUUCAAGAUCAUGAAAAAAAAGGUUUAGAGCCUGUGAAGGAGUUUGUUAUGCCACUUGGCUACAAACACACCACAAAUAGAGUCCGAAGGAUCGCCAAGCCAGGAGAGGAGGCAACAGUAAAAUUCACCAUGGGUCUCGGGAAACCUGUUAGCCCCUCAUUGUAUGAAGGAAUACCGUUAUAAAUAAAAUACAAUGUAGUCAUUGUUAAAUUUAAUAGGUAGAAUGUUGAAAUAUAAGUAAAACUCACAA